AUGACCAGGAAUCACCAAAUCCGACCCGGAAUACGCAACACUACAAGGUCGAUCUUCCCCCGACAAGACCGACCUUUCCUGCUUUUGGCAUGGAUGAAUGCGAGUAUUAUGCACAAGUCAGACCAUGCGAGCCGCACGCUUAACGUAUCCUCCCAUGCCUUUGCCAACCACUUCAUCGCCAAAAAGCUGCUUCUGCCAACUUUAUCGCCUUGCGAGAAAGACCAUCACAGCCAAGCGCGCAAAAGGGCCGGUUUGUCUCACGGCCGCAAUAUCAAAAUCUUUUCAAUGGACCCGACAGCGAGGCGUCACCAGAUGGGUAGCCUCUGCCAAGAAGCGCUUGCUUCUCGCGCCUCAAGUGAAAUUCGCUACCCUAGGAUCGACACCUGA